GGAUAUAUUUUUCUCACUUGCACCUUUGCGAGCCACCGUCCCAUCGCUUCGACUAACCGACUACCUUUUGUCUCGUUCUUACAUAUAAUGUCAACACUAAGAUACGAGAGACUAGUGAAAGAUGAGUGGCGAGCACAGAUUCGCCUACUGGAACUGCUUCCUGGACAAGGCUCCGCGCCAAUACGCACAGCGCUUCAUACAGUUGAUCUAAACCGGAGCACUGGAAGGUACGAGGCUCUAUCAUAUUGCUGGGGUCGUCCAGGCGGCGAGAUUCCCAUCACCUGCAACUCUGGAGCUUUGACAUUCCUCGCGGACGCGACCUUUCUUGCAAGGCCAAACCUCCAUGCCGCCCUUAUUCAUCUGAGGGAUCCUUUCCAGUCACGUAUCCUAUGGGUGGACGCCGUAUGUAUCAAUCAGAAUGAUAAGGAGGAGAAGCUCGUUCAAAUCGGCCUCAUGACUAGGAUCUACCAAAAAUGCCGGCAGGUCAUUAUUUGGUUGGGCAUGGGCGACCAUUGGACCCCGGAUGCAUUCGCACUCGUUCCGAAACUUGUCAGGGCCUCACGGAUUCUCGGCCGUCCAGUUAGCAUUCACAAACUCCACCCAUCGCAGUGGGAGCAGCUUGGCCUCCCUCGGGAGCACGAGGCAGUGUAUAAGCACUUUCAAAACCUCAUCAACCGGGAAUGGUUCACGCGGAUCUGGACUGUGCAGGAAGCCGCAGUUUGCAGCAAGGCGACUAUCGUGUGUGGGGAGUUCGCUGUCGACUGGGAUGACUUCCUCAUGGGGGUGCGAUGCAUUCAGGAUUAUGUCAAUGGUUGGACUCCGAACGUUUGGGAAGCCUUUCAGCAAUGCAAUGCGCGCCAAAACUUCCUUGCUGAGCGGCGACCCAGGCUCUUGUCUCUCCUUCUGAGGCAUCGGCACCGACACGCUGGCGAAGAUAACGACAAGGUCAUGGGACUGGUUGGCAUUUCACGGGACGGCGGCCGAAUGCGGCUGGAUGCAGAUUAUCCCUUACCUACGGCGGAAUUUUACAAGCGAUUCGCCUUGAAGUGUCUAGCACAGGAUGGCAAGCUCGACAUAUUCGCCGCUACACGCUCGUUGAACGGCGUGUCACAGAGAAACUUGCCGUCUUGGGUUCCUGACUGGAGUCAAUCUGAACGGAUUCCAUUCAUAACCCUCAACGGAUACGAGUUCGAAAACAAUGAGACUGAACACUUCCAGUACGGCAGCGGAAACCCAGACGCUCCUGGAAAGGCUCGCCUGGGAUUCCGUGCAUCGAAAGGCACACUCUAUGAUCUUGUCACCUCUAACAACAGGAACAUGAUUAUGCUGCAAGGUCAGAUCGUCGAUACGAUUCGCCGUAUUUCGCCCAUAAUCCCUCUUCCUGAUCACUACCCCAGCAGUUCGCUCGAGGUGCGGGCCACCGCUGAAUUAUUCUUCAGUCAAGUCCGUCUGUUCGACGAGUGGGAACGACUAGCUGGUGCGAGGUCUGCAGCCAUAUAUGCUGAAACGGGGGAGCCGAUACUCUCAGCCUACUGGAAGACCAUAUGCGCAGGCCACGAGGUGCUGUACGACGCAGCCGAGUCCGAGCUCGCCUUUCAAAAGUACGACAAGGAAUUGAGGAAGUUGCGGCUCCUGACCCGGACUAACUUCGACAAGGCGACACCGCACCUAGUCGUUUUAGGCAUGGGUGUAGCGCAACAAGUGCGCCGGAAGGCACGCGAGAGCCGUGGUGAGGAUCGUGGUGGAGCGGAUUGGUCUGCGAUGACUAAGGCUGUGCGGAAUCGCCGCUUGAGCACCACGGCCCUUGGGCGUUUGGCAUUGGUGCCGGGAUUGACACAACCUAGGGACAGAGUGGUUGUUGCGCGCGGAGGAGAUCUGCCGUUGAUCUUACGCUUGCACGGCCGCUUUUGGGAACUGGUAGGUGAGGCAUAUGUUCACGGGAUCAUGCGGGGAGAGGCCUUCUCUCCUGCUGAUUGCGAACCUAUGUGGCUUCUAUAAGCCAGAUUCUAUUCAAGGCUCUUGUCACCUGUGCCUUUACCGCGUCCUAUGGUAUUGGCAUUCACUCGGACGAUGAUUUGGGAAAUUUCAUGAUGUAGGGC